AUGCAGCACAUAAAUAAUAUCUUAGAAGUUCUGCAAAAGCCUCCUCAAAAGAGAACUCCCAGGGACAUAUUUUUACUGCAAAACGAGACCAAAUCCAUUUAAUUUUUCAAAUAAUAUAAUGACAGUGGAGAUACAGAUAUUCACAACAAGUGUUGCGUUUCAAUGAAGCAUCAGUACAUGAAGAAGGACCAAGUAGUUUUCCAUAUAGAUACAACAGGAUCGAAGUUUUAUCUAAUUUUAGAAGGGACUGUUGGAGUUUAUAUAAGACUUCCAAAAAAGAGAUAGGAAAGUGAAGAUAAUUAAUAAGAAAAUACAAAUUAAAUAGAUAACGAUUUAGUGUGUGUCAAAGAGUUGAAUGCAGGAACUGGAUUUGGUGAACUUGCAUUGAUGAACAACAAGCCAAGAUUAGCUAGUAUUAUUUGUCAUUCCAAUUGCCAUUUUGCAACUCUUGAUAAAAAGGAAUUUAAUGAGAUAUUAAAGGAAAAAGAGGAAGAAAAACUUAUUAAAGAAAUGGGCUUUUUUGCUAGUCUUCCCUUCUUCAAAGGUUGGAACUUCAAUUUAGUUAAACUCCUCUAUUUAAAUUCCGUCCGAGUAAACUUCGUAAAGGGGGACAGAAUCUACAAAGAAGGAUCAGAACCCCUCGCUGUGUACAUAAUUGUUUCUGGAGAGUUUGUGUUAGAAAAGUCAUUCUAUAAAGACGAUUCAUGCGAUCACCUUUACAAGACAUCCUCAUAGGAAGUCAGACAUCUUAUGGGUAGCAACAAAAAGGCUUCAAAGCAAUUCUAGAUAUCGGUUUAUACAAAUCCAGAGCUUUUUGGUGAUGAGGAGAUUAUGGAGGGAGUUGAUUAUAGAAAAUGCACUGCUAUUUGUAACAGUGCUUAGGGUUAAUGCAUUUUAAUUAAGAAGAGAGAUUUUGAACUGAGAAUCAUGCAUGAAGAAGGAGCUCUGAACUAUUUGUAAGAGAGAUUAGCUAUUAAAAAUGAGAGAAUGAAAGAAAAAAUUGAAUCAAUUACAAAAUAGAUUAUGAACUAUAAAAAUUUUAUUUAUGAUGAUCCUAAAGACUUCAAGAAAUAGGCGGAGUUCUAAAAGAUUUAUAGAACUUAAUAGGGAAGGUAGUAACUUAAAUUACAAUCUCUUUCGGAUUUAAAAGAAAUGAUUCAAACUGGCUAAGAUCCAGCUAAGAAAAAGAAAAAAUACAAAGAAAAUUCACAGCCAGACAUUAAUUUUUUAGAAGAGGGUUUAAUUAAAAGUUAAAAUGAAAUUCAAGUCAAUAACUCUAAGGAAGAUGAAGAACAAGCUCUUUCUCCUUCAAGAGUUUAAUCACCGUCUAAAAUCUAAAAUGCUAAAGAUAAAAGCGCUUUAAAAGAUCAUUUCUUAGAAAUGCUUUAAUAACAUGUCAAUAAACAGAAGAAAAAAGAAACUAAAAAUUUAAUGAUUUCUUCUUAGAAUUUCUCCAAAUCUCAAAUUGAUUUAUCUCAAUUAGAAAUUCGCUCAUCUUUAUUACCAUCAUAACAAUACUAAAAAUUCUCUAGCUUCCAAAAAUUUGAUGGACAAGAAUAUUCUCCAACUUUGCAUAAAAUUAAUAAAUCUCAAGUGUUUCUCAACUAAAAUGAGAAGAAUCUAAGCAAAACUCAUCUCCCUUCUCUCAAUAAAAUGAACAAUUCUGCUUACGAUUCUUCACCUUUGAUAAAUCCUUAAAUUUCAGGUGAAAAGUUUCAAAAACUGAAGUUAUAACAAACUCUCAUGAGACCUCCUAAUUUCGUAAAACAAUACGACAACCCAGACGGAGAAGAUGAUGAAAAAGAAAUUAAAAAACACAAAAGCAUGUCUCGAAUCUAUCUAACUAAAUAAAAUUCAUAAACCAAAAUUACCUUACCUACUAAUCACUCUUAGCAGGAAAACAGACGCACAAAAUACAACAUUCUUUCUUAAUCCUAAAUUGAUUUUAGAGGAAGCAACAACGACUUAAUUGACUAAACUGAAAUAAAAACUGACCAACAAGAAGAAAAUAAAAUUCAACAAAUGAGAAAACAAUAUUAAAAAAGUGGAAAAAGCCAAAGUUAGCAGAUUUAUUACAACUCUUUAUAAAUAGCAAAUGAAUAACUUCCAUACAAAAUAAAGAUUUAAGGUGAAGAUGAUGCAAAUCUCAUUUCAAACUACGAAACGAACAGCUAGACAUAUAAUAACAAUACAAAUAAUAAAUAUAAUACUUAAUUCUCUAAUGAAUACAUUCCUAAUCAGAUACAAUCUUACACAAAACAGAAUACUCCUGAUAUAUAUUUAAAUAGUCCUUAAAUUAAUCCCCUAGACAAUAAUAAAAUAGAAAAUUCAAUUUAUCUUAAUCAUGACUAAUAAAUUUUAUAUCAACAAAACAAUUCUAAUUUAAUUCCUUCCAAAUCCUUUAACUAAAUACCCAGUAUAUAAAUGAUAAAAAACUCAAAGAACGAGAUAGACUUAAUGAAUCUACCUUUAAAUGGUAUUUCUGAUAACAGCAACUUUAUUCCUCCUCUAACUGCAGAUCCUCCUCAUACAAACAGCAUACAUAAAUCAACUGAUUGUAAAAAUAACAAUCUAAGCUAUAGAAGUAUAAGUUGCAUUAUCUAAAACAAUAUAAAAUUAUUAGAUCCAUAAAAAGUAGACUCUUUAAAGAAAUCAAGUGAAUAUUUAAAUGAACAAAUACGAUUCCAAAAAACCCCUUAGAAGCAGGCAAACAAAUCAAUUGCAAAAAAUCAUCCCUCUUCUUCUAAAUCUCCAAACAAGAGCAAUCUUUAUAAGUUUCAAAUAGAAUACCAAGCUUCAAAUGCUAAAAAAGCUGAAUUAAAAUUAGAUAAAUAAUUCUAAAUAUCUAAACAAAAUGCAAGGAUAUACGAGGCUAUUCACCAUAAUCCAAAAACAACUAAAUCCACUAAAGACAUAUUCAGAGACAGCCAAUCAACUUUAAUUAAAAGCCCCAAACAAAAACUGCUUCCAAUUAAAGCCUAGUUCUAAAUAUAUCCAAGCAGUCAUUAAACUUCUCCUAUUUUCUCUCGCCAAACCGAUAUAAACACAGCUUACUCAGAACUAAAUUCACCAAUUCAAACUUAAAAGUAGUUGAUGCUUUUAAAUAAUAACAACAAGCUAAGAAAAAGUGAUUUUAGUCUUUGCACAAGUGACUCGAGUUCUAACAACAACAACAAUAAAAUAGUCAUCAAUAUUUAAUCUUCAAGUCAAAAUAUUUGA